AUGUCCGGAGCAAACACCCACAUGAACGAACACCCCUCUGGCGGUACAAGAGGCGGCGCCAGCGUCGAGCCAACACCAGCCAACAACGUCGGCGGCGGACGAGGCUGGGGCGACUCUGGAUUCCUCAAGGGUGGAACCGGUGGAGAAGGAACGGGCCAUAUCUCUGACAAAAUCAAGACGUCACUGUCAUCUGCGGACGAGUUCUCGAGUCUAAGAGAACAGAAGAGUAUGGCGGAGAGGAAUUAUAUGGAUCGGAGGAAUAGAGAACUUGGGGAGCAGGAGGGGACGUGCGCGACUGAGGAUCAUAGUUUCAUGAAUACGAAGCCGGGGGGUUCGGAUACUUUGCCGGGGUGGGAGACGGCCAAGAGGACUUUGGGGAAUAUGUUUGGUUGA